AUGUGCAUCGCCCUCUUUUCGACUGCUCAUCCGGACUAUGCUUUGAUCUUGAUCAACAACCGUGAUGAGUUCCUCGCCCGCCCAACAGCGCCGGCUAAUUGGUGGGCUUCACCCAACGAGAACGUCCUCGGGGGUCGUGACCUCCAACGUAAGGAGCAAGGCACAUGGCUUGGCAUCACCAAACAAGGCCGCGUCGCAGUCUUGACCAACUUUCGAGAAGAAGGCGCCAUCAAGCCAGAAGCCAGGAGCAGGGGUGCUAUGGUCAAUGCGUUCCUGACUCAACCUCAAAGUUUGGACGGCACUGAAAAGUUUAUUCACGAUCUUGUGGAGGAUGAGGGCUUGAAGGGUGUCGGCGGCUUCAGCCUUGUAUGUGGGAAGGUUGGAGAGCCUCUUGCGGUCAUCUCAAAUCGCACGCCCAACGUCGAGGACACGGCCUGGAUUGCAAAAGACAAGGACGAAACGAUCGGUCUCAGCAAUGCAGCUUUUGGCAACAGGUCCUGGCCGAAAGUAGUCAGAGGAGAAGCGCUCUUGUCUUCUGCCAUAAAGCAGAACCUCUCAGAGCAGAGAUCUCAAGCCAGCUUCACCGAACAUUUAUUCCGUAUCCUGGGCGAGGACAUUUUGCCUAGGAAGCCUAAAGACUAUCCAUGGGAUAGCUAUGUGCAGGAGUUGCGCAAGAGCAUUUUCAUACCGGCGAUCGGAGGUGAGGGCGCGGAGGAAUCGAGAGCUGAGGAUCUGGCUGCUGCGAAAAAUGAUCAGCAUGUCAAUGUUCAGAACGUGACGAAAGCAGCAGAGCAGGAACAUGAACUUGAUGGUGUGUAUGGCACCCAGAAGCAGACCGUUGUGCUUGUGGAUCGUCGAGGCCGAGUGAAUUUUGUGGAGAGGACGUUGUAUGAUGCGACCGGCAAAGCAACGGUGGCGCCAGAUCGCGAUCGCGCCUUCCAAUUUGAUAUCGAGGGCUGGAAGAACCAGUAG